AUGCUUUCAACACUUUUUCUAUUAUUAUAUGCUAUUCGAGAAUGGCCAAUGACAAAUGCGAUGACUACAGAAAUCAGUCCAACUGUUGCUUUUUUAUUGGAAAGAGGGUGAGUGUUUUGAUAAAUAUGAGGUAGCUAAUUUUUAGAAUUCAUUGUACUUUGUAGAUAAUUUUUAGAAUUAGCUCACAAUUUUUCUCAAGGAUGUGUAGAGUAUUCUCUAAAUAACGAAAAACUGGUUUCUCAAAAAAUAUAAAUAUCUCCAGAUGCGCAAACGACACCGAAAUCAUUGACCAUCUCCUCUUUGAUCGCGCACUCCAUUACAACAAACACAAACUUCCAUCACCUCAAGUAGAUGUUCGAAUAGAGAUGUGGGUUCAGGAGGUGACAUCAGUGUCUGAGCUCACACAAGAUUUUGAAAUCGGUAAUUGAAUUUUAUUUUUUUUUGUUUCGUGUAGAGUGCAAGUUUUCAGAUUUGUAUAUGAAUGAGUAUUGGACAGAUCCUGGUUUAGCUUAUGAUAUUUUAAAUCCUUGUCAAGGAAAUCUUUCAUUUGAUUGGGCAGUGAUGCAGAACAUCUGGACACCAAAUACAUGUUUCAUAAACUCCAAAAAAGCACAUCUCCAUCGUUCACCUUUUACAAAUGUAUUUCUUAUGGUAUUUCCAAAUGGUGAGUCAAUUUUUGACUCACUUAUAUGCAAAAAUACAAAUACUUUCCUUUUUUUCAUCCCACAUACACACAUGUAUAACCAAAAAGAAUAAGCAGAAAAAAGAAGAAGUAGGAGAAGAAGAACAUGAAAUUGAAUUGUUACAUAUGGAAAUCAUGUUGUUGAAAAAAGAUGCAUAAUUUUUGCGUAUUUUGUAGGAUCUGUUUGGUCAAAUUGGCGAAUUAAAAGUACUGGACCAUGUUUGAUGGAUUUGAGCAAAUUCCCAAUGGACAACAUUGAAUGCACUUUAACUUUCGAGUCUUUCAAUUACAAUAAGGUUCUUUUUUUGGGGGAAAUUUUGAGGGAAGGGAUGUUCAAAAAAUUUUCUAAUUAUGAAACUGUUGAUUUGAAUGCUUAUAACUUUUAUUGAAAAUGAUCAAAAUAUUGAUCACACUAUUCAAAACAUUUUUGAAAGUGUUUGCUGAUAAUUCAAAAAUCGUUAUUAUUUUUUUAGAAAAUAGAUUAUUCAGAAAGUUGAAUUUUUUAAUCAAAAAAGAUUGAGAUAUCUAACGUUUUCAACUCUCUCUCUCUCUCUCUCUCUCUCUCUCACAAUUCAAGAUUUAUUCAAACCAGAGCAUCCCCAGAAAUAAUUCAAAAAGAAAAAUAUCCAUUUUCAGGACGAGGUAUUUAUGAGAUGGGGUGAUCCACCUCUAACAAUCUUCAAAAAUAUCGAACUACCCGAUUUCUCAAUGACAAAUUUCACAACAUCCAACAAAUUCCAACUUUACGCGGCUGGUUAUUGGAGUGAAUUAACAGUUAAUUUUCUAUUCCGCCGAAGAUCUGGCUGGUAUUUAUUACAAGGUUAUAUUCCAACCUACAUGACAGUUUUCAUUUCCUGGAUUCCAUUUUAUCUCGGACCACGAGCAAUUCCAGCAAGAACAAUGAUAGGUGGGUCAUAUAUUUUUGCACUAUCAAAAAGUAUAUUUUUUCUCUCGUUCUUGCUCUUUUUUUCGAAAUUCAAUGCACAACCCAAAACGAUGCGAGUAAUUCAAUUUGAUGACGCUGAUCAGAUUCAAUCUUAACCCCUUUCCCUCUUCGUCUGUCUCUUUUAGUUUUGUUUCCGGUUUGGAAAAAAUGACAAGGAAUAGGAAAAAAAUGUAUAUACAAUUGAUAUUUGAAAAAUAAAAAUGUACAUUUGAAGAAAAAGUGUAUUGUAAGAAAUUGUAGAAAGAAUAGUAUAUGUUUGAAAAUAUUUUUCCUAAAUAUUUUUUAAAAUGUUUGAGAUUCCGUAAAAUCAAGAAACUAAUUAUUUUGUUAGUUAUAAAAAAUUUCUAGACUAUGAAUUUGAAAAAUUUUAGAGGAUAAAUAUGGAAAUGUAUUUCAUUUUAAUCAUUUUCAAAAAAAUGCUGUUGUAGUUCCAAACGCAUUACUACCUCGUUUUAAAAUUUUUCUGGGUUCCUGCUUUCUCACGUAGAGAACACAACAUUUUACAGCCCAAUAUUUUUUAUUGUUCUACAUAAAAUUUCUGAAAAACAUUCUGAAAACAUAUGUUAAAAAAUUGAUACUUUUUUUCCAAUUUUUCAUUUUCUCCCACACAAAAAAUGAUUCACAAUUGGUUUUUUCUUUUCUUUUUUUCAAAAUUGAAUUCAAAAUUUUUCAACCAUGAAAUAUAUAUUUUUCUUCAGUUUCCAAUUUCCAAUUUUCUCUUCACAGUAAAAUGGAGAAAACAAUUAGAGCAUUUUUCUUCGCUAAAUCUUUUUAUUUUUGUUUUCAAUCAAAAGCACAAACACACAUUUUUUCUUGAAAAAACUCAUCAUAACGUCUUAACCAUGCUCAAGUGUUCUUUGAGAGAAAGAAGAAGAAACAAGGGAUUCUUUUUUUCACAUUCUUCUUUUUCUCAAAAAAAAAAAGUUUUUUUCUUGAAAAAAAAUGAUCAUUCAUUCUUAUUUUUUCCAUCUCUCUAUGUUUCUUGAACGACGAAAACAUACAAAAUAUUUUAGGUGUGAAUGCAUUGCUUGCGUUAACAUUUCAAUUUGGUAAUAUUAUCCGAAAUCUUCCACGGGUCUCUUAUAUUAAAGCAAUAGAUGUCUGGAUGUUGAGGUUGGUUUUUCUUGUUUAAAAAAUGAAUUUUCAAAUUCUGUAAAUUUCAGCGGUAUUUGUUUUGUUUUUGCUUCGCUGUUUGAAUUGGCUACUAUCGGAUUUUUGAUGAGAAAUGAGGGGCAACCAUUAUCAAAAGUUAAAAUUAUGAAAAAAGUGAGUUGUUUUCUCAAAAUUCUGAAUUCAUCUAAUGAAAUUUUUAGUUCUCGGUGGAAUAA